AGCCCGUCAGCGGGGCGGAGCCGCGGCCAUGGCCGCCCUGCGCACCCUCCUGCGGUGGCGCCGCCGCUUGUGCCCCGCGCCCGGCGCCCAGCCCGGCCGGCGGCUGUGGGCAGGCGGCGGGGCCGGGGCGAGGCGGGGGCGGCGGGAGCUGGGCUGGGCGGCGGCGGCAGCGGCGGCCGGAGCGGCUGUCGCUGGCUACGCGGGGCACCGGCUGUCCGAGCGGCGGCGGGAGCCCCCCGGGGAGCCGGCAGCCGCCGAGGCGGGCGGAGCUCGGGCGCUGCUCCCCAUCCCGGUGGCGGCCGCCGCCAAGGAGACGGGUACAGAAAGCAGAUCAGACCUUGAAGAUUUACACCUUUAUGCGACACCUCGGGAGCAACGGUUCCGUAGGUUUGCCAGUUUAGAAUUUGAAGGACAGCUGUAUAUGACUCCCUAUGACUUCAUUCAGGCUGUCACAAACGAUGAACCCAAACGUGCUAAAAAGUGGCGAUCCCUUUCAAAGCAGGAAUUGAAUCAGAUCCUUAUGGAGACACCACCAGUUUGGAAAGGAUCAUCCAAACUUUUCCGUAAUCUUAAUGAGAAAGGUGUGAUAUCUUACACAGAAUAUUUAUUUCUCUUAUGUAUUUUAACAAAGCCACAUGCGGGUUUUAGAAUUGCUUUCAACAUGUUUGAUACUGAUGGCAAUGAGAUGGUGGACAAAAAGGAAUUCUUAGUGCUACAAGAGAUUUUCAGGAAAAAAAAUGAGAAGAGAGAAAGAAAGGGAGAUGAAGAAAAACGUGCAAUGCUGCGUCUUCAACUUUAUGGAUAUCAUACCUCUACUAACAGUGUUCUUAAAACAGAAGGAGAGGACCUUGUCCCCAGAAGCUACUGGGAUACUUUGAGACGUAGCACAAGUCAAGCACUCUUUUCAGACCUUGCGGAGCGUGCUGAUGAUACUACAAGUUCACUGUCAGAUACGACGCUGCUUGUACACUUUUUUGGCAAGAAAGGAAAAGCUGAACUGAACUUUGAAGAUUUUUAUAGAUUUAUGGACAACCUACAAACUGAAGUUCUAGAGAUAGAAUUCCUUUCCUAUUCUAAUGGGAUGAACACCAUCAGUGAGGAAGACUUUGCCCAUAUUCUUUUGAGAUAUACAAAUGUGGAAAAUACAUCAAGUUACCUGGAAAACAUGCGCUGUAGGAUUCCUGAAGAAAAGGGUAUCACAUUUGAUGAGUUUAGAUCAUUUUUCCAGUUCUUGAACAAUCUAGAGGACUUUACAAUUGCAAUGCAAAUGUAUAAUUUUGCAAGUCGUUCCAUAGGUCAGGAUGAAUUCAAGCGUGCUGUGUAUGUAGCCACAGGUGUGAAGCUUUCACCACAUUUGGUGAACACAGUGUUCAAGAUUUUUGAUGUCGACAGAGAUGACCAAUUGAGUUACAAAGAAUUUAUCGGCAUUAUGAAAGAUAGACUUAAUCGAGGGUUUAGGGGCUACAAACCUAUACAGAGGUAUACUACUUUCAAAUCCUGCGUGAGGAAGGAACUCUAUAGCAGAUAAAUUACGGAGAGUCCAAAGUCUGGUUGGAAGGAAUAUUAUUCUUGUGUGAUGACUGUAACCAGUGAACAUCUCAGAGAUCUAUGGAAGCAAUUUCGGAGACGAGAUAUGCUAAGAUAAAGAAAGAAAUAAGGAUUACGUGCACUGGCUAGAACUAUAUUUAUUCCUAUAAAUUCUGGAUGAAGAACAAGCUAACCCAGGUGAAUUGUGAAUCUUCCAGCUGUGUUAGAAAACAGAGGACAACUUUUCCACUAAAAGUACUGGUUAUGAACCCUUACAGCCAGUUUUCAGUAUGUAUUUAUUUAAAUGACAAACUAUCCUCUGAUUGGCAGAAGUCUUUUUUUUUUUUUAAGAUCACAUUUUGAAUAUUUGUCAUUAUUUUGAGAUACGUUUGUCACGUAAAGGAAAACAAAAAAGGAUUACACCUGGGUAAGCAAAUGUUUUGGCAACGAACACAAACUGCCCGUAUCAACUUAGACUGUGAAUUUGCUUUCAGAAGAACACUACUAAAUGUUUGCGCUGAAUUGGAAAUGAGAGUGUGUUAUGUAGCAUAACAAUUACAUACGAGUUGAAUGUACAAAUUAAACUCUUAGAAGCUAUAACAAAGCAGUUAUAUUGAAAAUGGUAAUAAUAUUAUGGUCAUAAUGUGAAAGAUAGGUAUUUACCUGAGAGAGGUACUGUAUGGACUAUAAUGUUGAGAUUCUCUAAGUCUUACUAUUAUUUUUAUUAAUUUAUCUUUUAAAAAGUUAUAUUGAUUUUAAGAUAUCUUAUGAGCAAUAUGCUGAAGGAAAGUCAAAAUAUUCAAAUUCAUGUUAAGUAACACUUCAUAAUAUUUAUUCUAAACAGUAUUUCCAUAUGUAUAAAUUCACUUAUAAGAGUAAAAUUUCAUGUGUUCUUGUGAAUAGUGCACUUUUAUAUGAAGUAAGACAUGGUACUGAGUAGAAAUUGUUGUCAUCUAAUUUGCUAUUCUGGAAUGCAGCAUCUGGAAAAUGGUUAAAUAACUUGUGUUUGUGUCAAACUAAAAAGCAAAAGAAAACAAAUGCAUGCAGCAGCUCAGAGUAACGCUCAGUUAUAUGAUUUGAUUAUUAUGCAUCAAAUAUUAGACAUAAAUUGGGUUUUAAUAAGGUGAUGGAGACUACAGACAGUCAGUAGCCACCAUGACCUUUUAUGUCCUGUACAUUUAGAUGUUACCAAAACAGUCAUAGGGACAUUGUUAAUUUGUUUUUUCUGUUCUCUAUUUUUUUUCUUUGCAAUUCAGUAGCCGUGUUUUUUCUUACACCCUUUCAAAAUGAUUAUUAUGUGGUCUAAUUAGGUCUAAAGAAACAUGAACACAAUUUUUAUAUCAUACUUGAAAAGGUUCACUGGACCUUAACUAAAUCUGUAUAUGUUUAGGAACAGUCUGUGCCUUGAAAGAUUUCUAUCUGGAUAGACACUUUAAAACUAAUGUCAACAAAUUAAUGUUACCAGAAAGGUAAGUGUUUUGUUUGGUUGACAAGACAAAACCAAAAUAAUGGUUUUAAAUCUUCUAUUACUCCAAGUACUUGUAAGCAAACAUUCCAAAAUUGUGUUUAGUGCAUGUUGUUUGAAUACCAUCUUAACAUUGCAUGCAAGUGGAAAAGAUGUAUAGCAUCUGUGGAAGAACACCUAAGUUCAUAAAUACUUAAUUUAUCAUAAGAAUUACCUCUAUUUAAAAAUUAAAACAAAAUGAAAAGCAGGCUGUUUAAGAAAUUCCUCUUCAAAGAUUAAAAAAAAAGGCUAAUUAGAAUGUCUCUUUAGGUGUGGUUUUAAUCUAAGAAAGAGCCAGUUCAGAAAGCUUUUGGAAGAUGCUAUUUUAAUUCAUGAUAAAUACUUACCAAAUUUCCAACUUGACAUGCUUAAACCACUGACAACAAAAAUCAAAAAAGAUUUGUAUACAGGUUCUUGAACUGACACAACAGAACAUGGAUAAGCUGCAAUCCCCAUGUGAUCAUUUAGGGAAUCGUUGGUAUUCAAUGUAUCAUCUUGGUACGCAGAACUGUCUCACUGCUUCUUGUCAGUGUAUGUGAAACCCAAUUUGUUACUUCAGCAAUGAAGGACAAAAAAUGGGAAGAAAGGAUAGGGAGUUAUUGAAGGAGUUGCCCUCCAUCUUCAGUCCCUGCUGCCUGCUCACAGUGGUCCUCACUGCGGAGAAGGCAGCAGCACCAUCAUCAUUUGGCUCCUCCACUACCCUAGGCAAUAGUGCACUUUGCUUUUAAGGCUGGCUAGAGACAAUUUUAUCAUUUUUCUAUAUAUAUUUCCUAACUGUAGGCACUUAAUAUAAAAUAGAAUGUGAAAAUGUCAGAUUAGUUUUUAAGAGUAUUUUUCUUGUGUUUAAUAAUAAUUUAUGUAAUGUAGAAUAUGAAGAUAUGCAUAUAAUAUUGUUUAUUUCAAAAUAAAUGCACUUGAAACUUA